UUUACUGAAAUAUUUUUCCCCUUUUAAAUCAGGUUUUGGAUUAGUGUGUCACAGAGUUAUCAAAGCUAUUUGUGAAGUACUUGGUAUAAAAGACUUAUAUGCAAAAGUUGAAGGUGCAGUGAAAAAUUCUCAGUGUUUGACUAAAGCAUUCUUUAUUGGACUUAUGACACAGAAAAGCUAUAAGCAGAUUGCUGAUGAGAAAGGCUUACAUGUUGUGGAAUUCAAAAAGGAGCAGGACGAUUUUCCUGUAGUUGUGGCAUCACCUGAAAGAUGCCGUACUGAAGAAGAAAUUGAGCCCACUGAACAGCUUGACUUUAAACUCCAUUUACAUAAUGGUAAAGUUGUGGCUGAGCGCAAAAAAUAUCAACCUUUUUACAUAAACUUUCCUAGCUAUAUAAAAGAAAUGAAAGAUCGAGAAAAGUUACGUAAUCAGCGUGCUGUACAAAUUUAUCAGUGUGCAAAGCAUGGUGCCUUGAAAAGCUUUUUACAUAUAAGAGAAGAAGAAAAAUUGAAACAGCAAUUGAAGAAUACUGUUGAAGAAACAGAGUGAAGUAUUAAAUCACAGUGAAAUAGUUUUCCAAAGUUUAUAUUACUAACUAUUGUGUUGUAUGCAUGUAGAUUAUAGUCUUCAAAAAUAAAGAAUUUUGCCUCUUCACAA